GCAGUACAGCGACGGCGUCAACAACCGCUGGGACGCCGACGACUGGGACAACGAGAACAGCUCGGCUCGGCUGUUCGAACGCUCAAGAAUCAAAGCCCUCGCAGAUGAGCGUGAAGCGGUGCAGAAGAAAACUUUCACCAAAUGGGUCAACUCCCACCUGUCCAGAGUUUCCUGUCGGAUCACGGACCUCUACAUGGACCUGAGGGACGGACGCAUGCUCAUCAAGCUGCUGGAGGUCCUGUCAGGAGAGAGACUGCCGAAACCCACGAAGGGUCGGAUGCGUAUCCACUGUCUGGAGAACGUGGACAAGGCUCUGCAGUUCCUGAAGGAGCAGAGGGUUCACCUGGAGAACAUGGGCUCCCACGACAUCGUAGACGGGAACCACCGCCUCACGCUCGGACUCAUCUGGACCAUCAUCCUCCGCUUCCAGAUCCAGGACAUCAGCGUGGAGACGGAGGACAACAAGGAGAAGAAGUCGGCUAAAGAUGCUCUGCUGCUGUGGUGUCAGAUGAAGACUGCAGGAUAUCCAAACGUGAACAUCCACAACUUCACCACCAGCUGGAGAGACGGGAUGGCUUUCAACGCUCUCAUCCACAAACACAGACCCGACCUGAUCGACUUCGAUAAGCUGAAGAAAUCAAACGCUCACUACAACCUGCAGAAUGCCUUCAACCUGGCGGAGCAGCACCUCGGCCUCACCAAGCUGCUCGACCCCGAAGACAUCAGUGUGGAUCAUCCUGAUGAGAAGUCCAUCAUCACCUACGUUGUGACCUACUAUCACUACUUCUCUAAGAUGAAGGCUCUGAAGGUGGAGGGGAAGAGAAUCGGCAAGGUUCUGGAUAACGCCAUCGAGACGGAGAAGAUGAUCGAGAAGUACGAGUCUCUGGCGUCGGAGCUGCUGGAGUGGAUCGAGCAGACCAUCAUCAUCCUCAACAACAGGAAGUUCGCUAACUCUCUGGUCGGAGUCCAACAGCAGCUGCAGGCGUUCAACACCUACCGAACGGUGGAGAAGCCCCCAAAGUUCACAGAAAAAGGAAACCUGGAAGUUCUUCUGUUCACCAUUCAGAGUAAAAUGAGAGCAAACAAUCAGAAAGUUUAUACUCCAAGAGAAGGAAAGCUCAUCUCUGACAUCACAAGGGCGUGGGAGCGUCUGGAGAAGGCGGAGCAUGAGCGUGAGCUGGCUCUGAGGACGGAGCUGAUUCGUCAGGAGAAGCUGGAGCAGCUGGCGAGACGCUUCGACCGUAAAGCUGCCAUGAGAGAAACGUGGCUGAGUGAGAACCAGCGGCUCGUCUCCCAGGAUAACUUUGGCUUUGAUCUCCAGGCCGUAGAAGCUGCCACUAAGAAACAUGAAGCGAUAGAAACGGACAUCGCAGCGUACGAGGAGCGAGUUCAGGCCGUGGUCUCUGUGGCGAAGGAGCUGGAGGCUGAGAGUUACCACGACAUCAAACGCAUCACGGCCAGGAAGGACAACGUGAUCCGUCUUUGGGAGUAUCUGCUGGAGCUGCUGAAGGCUCGCAGGCUGAGACUGGAGCUGAACCUCGGCCUACAGAGAGUCUUCCAGGAAAUGCUCUACAUCAUGGACUGGAUGGACGAGAUGAAGAUGUUGCUGCUCUCUCAGGACUAUGGGAAACAUCUGCUGGGGGUGGAGGACCUGCUGCAGAAACACGCUCUGGUAGAAGCUGACAUCUCCAUCCAAGCUGACCGAGUCAAGAACGUCAACAGCAACGCUCAGAAGUUCGCUAGCGACACAGAAGGUUAUAAGCCGUGUGAUCCUCAGAUCAUCAGAGAUCGUAUCGCUCACAUGGACUUCUGCUACCAGGAGUUGAGUCAGCUGGCGGCUGAACGACGAGCUCGUCUAGAAGAGUCUCGACGUCUCUGGAAGUUCUUCUGGGAGAUGGCCGAAGAGGAGGGAUGGAUCAGGGAGAAGGAGCAGAUCUUGUCCUCCGAGGACUACGGGAAGGAUCUGACGGGAGCGCUGAGACUGCUGAGUCAGCACAAAGCCUUCGAGGACGAGAUGACGGGCCGAGCCGCUCUCCUGCAGCAGACCAUCAAACAAGGAGACAAGCUGGUCGCUAAUAAUCACUUUGGAGCCGAUAAGAUUAAAGAACGCAUCCAAGACAUCCAGGACCAGUGGGCGGCUCUGGAGCGUCUCUCAGCUGUCCGUAAGGCUCGUCUACAGGAAGCCUGCAACCAGCAUCAGUUCCAGGCCGACGCUGACGACAUCGACACGUGGAUGCUGGACGUUCUGCGGAUCGUCUCCAGCGUGGACGUCGGCCAUGAUGAGUUCUCGGCUCAGGCUCUGGUGAAGAAGCACAAGGACGUCGCCGAGGAGAUCGGAAGCUACCGACCCGUCAUCGACGCUCUGCACGAGCAGUCCCGCACGCUGCCCGACGAGAAGGCCAACUCUGAGGAGGUGCAGAGUCGUCUGGCGGGCAUCGAGGAGCGUUAUAAGGAAGUGGUGGAGCUGACGCGUCUCAGGAAGCAGGCGCUGCAGGACGCGUUGGCGCUCUACAGGAUGCUGAGCGAAGCGAGCGCCUGCGAGGUCUGGAUCGACGAGAAGGAGCAGUGGCUCAACAGCAUGGAGAUCCCCGAGAAACUGGAGGACCUCGAAGUCGUCCAGCAUCGGUUUGAGAGCCUGGAGCCGGAAAUGAACAACCAGGCCUCCCGCGUUGCCGUGGUCAACCAGGUUGCCAGGCAACUGAUCCACAGCGGACAUCCCAGCGAGGAGAAAAUAAAAGCCCAGCAAGACAAACUCAACACCAGGUGGAGUCAGUUCAGAGACCUGGUGGACCAGAAGAAGGACAGUCUGAGCUCUGCGUUGGGCGUCCAGAACUACCACCUGGAGUGCAACGAGACCAAGUCCUGGAUCAAAGAGAAGACCAAGGUGAUCGAGUCGACCCAGGAGCUGGGCAACGACCUGGCGGGCGUCAUGGCUCUGCAGAGGAAGCUGACGGGGAUGGAGCGCGACCUGGCCGCCAUCGAAGACAAGCUGGGAGACCUGGGAAAAGAGGCGGAGCGCUUGUCCACCGAACACCCGGAUCAGUCUGAGGCCAUCAAGGGACGACUGGCCGAGAUCACCGGCGUGUGGGAGGAGAUGAAGGACACCAUGAAGAACCGUGAGGAGUCUUUGGGCGAGGCCAGCAAGCUGCAGCAGUUCCUCCGCGACCUGGACGACUUCCAGUCCUGGCUGUCGCGGACUCAGACCGCCAUCGCCUCCGAGGACAUGCCCAACACGCUGGCCGAGGCCGAGAAGCUGCUGGAGCACGAGAACAUCAAGAACGAGAUCCGCAACUACGAGGAGGACUACCAGAAGAUGCGGGACAUGGGCGAGAUGGUGACGCAGGGCCAGACGGACGCGCAGUACAUGUUCCUACGGCAACGGCUGCAGGCGCUCGACACCGGCUGGAACGAGCUGCACAAGAUGUGGGAGAACCGACAGAACCUGCUGUCCCAGUCUCACGCCUACCAGCUGUUCCUCAGGGACACCAAGCAGGCCGAAGCGUUCCUCAACAACCAGGAGUACGUCCUCGCCCACACCGAGAUGCCCACCACCCUGGAGGCCGCCGAAGCCGCCAUCAAGAAGCAGGAGGACUUCAUGACCACGCUGGACGCCAACGAGGAGAAGAUCAGCGGCGUGGUCGACACCGGCCGCCGCCUGGUAACCGACGGCAACGUCAACGCCGACCGCAUCCAGGAGAAGGUGGACUCCAUCGACCAGAGGCACAAGAAGAACCGAGCAGCUGCCAGCGACCUGCUGAGCAGACUGAAGGACAACAGAGACCUGCAGAAGUUCCUGCAGGACUGCCAAGAGUUGUCCCUCUGGAUCAACGAGAAGAUGCUGACGGCUCAGGACAUGACCUACGACGAGGCCAGGAACCUGCACAGCAAGUGGCUCAAACACCAGGCCUUCAUGGCCGAGCUGCAGUCCAACAAAGAGUGGCUGGACAAGAUAGAGAAGGUGAGAGAGGGGAAUCGCCCCCUGGAGGCCGUUAGCCCGUAA